CAGCCCUCCUCACACUGCUCUGCUCAGCUCCUGGGAGCUCCUCUUCUCCUUCCUCUGCCACCAUGAGCCGCCUCUACAACCACCACCAACCUCAGCUGGCCACUGACCUGUCCACGCCGCCCCUGCUCUACCUCUAUGGAGCUGACAGGACUCUCGUGCCCACCAUGGGCUUUGCAGCCAGCAGUGUCCUCAGCAGGCAGGAGCCUCCUCAGAAGCCACCCUACAGCUACAUCGCCCUGAUAGCCAUGGCCAUCAAGGACUCUCCAGAGCACAAGGUGACCCUGAAUGGCAUCUACCAGUUCAUCAUGGACCGCUUCCCCUUCUAUCAUGACAACAAGCAGGGCUGGCAGAACUCCAUCAGGCACAACCUGUCCCUCAAUGACUGCUUCAUCAAAGUGCCCAGAGAGAAGGGCAGGCCAGGGAAGGGCAGCUACUGGACCCUGGACCCCAAGUGUCUGGAUAUGUUUGAGAACGGCAACUUCAGGCGCAGGAAGAGGAAAGCAAAAAGCCUUCUGUCUCAGGAAUCCAAAAGGUGCAAAGCAGAUGCGGCAGAGGAUGCUGAGGAGGAUGGACCACCUACCGACCAGAGGUCAGUCAUUAAGGGUCCUUGCAGUGACAGGGAGCAGGGCUCUGCCAGCAGGGAGGACAGUCUGGAGGUACUGUCCUCUUCGGACGAUGAAGGGGGCUCCACAGAACUGGGCAGAGACCCACAGACCAGGACCUCUAUGGCUUUCAAUCCGCAGACACCAGGAUGCUCCACUUCCUUCUUCUUAUCUGUGCCUCUCCUUACUGACAAGGGGACAUUAUCUGCAGCCCAGGAUGUGGGGGCCCAGGCUGCUCAGGAGGAGAGAGCCCUGCAGGGUCCAGGACCAGAUCAGAGAGAAGCUCAGACCCAUCAUCAGCCAAAGCCUGCAGCAGAAGCCCCUCCAAAGCACCCCAAAAGCUUCAGCAUAGACAGCAUCCUGGGCUCACAAGCCCCCAAGGGAGGGGGAGGGGUGUCCAGGCUGUCAGGGGGCUAUAGGUGCAGCCCCAACCUCUGCCCUGUGUUCAACACUUCAGUGAUGAUCGACUCUCAGGUACAGGGGAGACUCUACCACAUUGGGGUGCCCUUCCUCUCCUAUCUGCCUCUGGCUCUUACACAAUCAGGCUUGCCAAAAUGAGAAAAACUCUAUGACAUUUGUUUCCUAGGGAUUGCUGGAACUAGUAGUUCUCCUGAGCCUAUCCUAACGUGCUUCCCUUUUAUUAGGCUUCAUAGGUCACAGUGGAUGGAAAUGUGGGGGCUUCACCCAGCAAGACCUCAGGG